GCAGCAAUGAUGAUUUGACAACUCUGGAUACAACUAGCAGCAUCUGGCAACUCUUAUCAUAGAAUCAGCUGCUAACUGUUUGUAAUUUUUACACGUGCAACGCAAACGAUACAACAAAUUUGAUUAAGGCUUUCAUUUUCUUAGUUUAAAUAAAAUGGAUGAUAAAAUUUUAAUAGAAACUGUGCACAAUCACAAACAAGAUGUACAUGUACCUACAAUGAUGACUUUUCAGAAUGGUUCCCUGGGCGCAACCGCCAAUUUCAGUUUGAUUGAAAGUAAAAAUAAUCGAAAUUCACGGAAACGGGCAUUGGUUAUAGCCGGGAAGAACGUCUACACUGGCGAACUUGAGGAGAAUCAGCAAUUUGAUACAUACAUUUGCAUUCGGAACAAGUCCACCAACAAGGCGACAAUUGUACCAGUUCAACAGGCGCUAUUGUCGAAUAACAUAUAUAAGAAGUUGGAAAUGAAAACUACUCAGCCAAUGCUAAGCAAAGAACAUGCUACUAAAAAGCUGCUUAAAGAAUUUGGUGGACGCAAGGCGUCGCGUUUUGUUGCCAAUAAUGAAGAGAUGAUGGUGAAUGUGGAUGUGGUGCGCAAGGAGCUGGACGAAACCGUUCAAAGUUCCGUACGCCAUGAAGGCGAGGAGGAUGAUGAUACAUUGCCAGAAGUAAAUGCCAAUAAUGCUGAAUACUUGGCAACAAUUGUGCCCAAAUGCGAUAAGACGGCAACAAAAGUAAGCGAAGUUUACGAUGUAGUGGACGUGGUGCCACAAUCUCUGCUCGACCGUCUGGAGGAAGAAGCCAAAAGCGUUUACACUGCACCAUUGGAAACACUACCCAUCGAGUCGGACUAUCUUCGUGAGUGCAUCAAGCGUAUACAGGACAAGGAAAUAAGCUCAAAGCAGGACUUUCUUAACAUCAAAUUGAUAAUAUAUAUGGAUGCACUGCAAUCGCUAAUUGCACUACGCAAGCGACAAAUGAAAUACGUCGAGCUUUCCCGCAUCUCGGAGAAAGUUGAGAAUGACAUACGACAUCGAUUUGCAGAUCCCAAUGUGGCCAAGUCCUGCACUCGGACUACAUUUAGUACAGAGAAGGCUUUAACACAUUUCAUUGUCCUUGCAUUGCUAAUCAGUGACAAGCACGAAGUGGACGCCAAUAUACUAUCUCGAAUUCUGCGUACAUCAAAACAACGUAUCGUUAGCUAUGCACACAUUGUUAAUGCACGACCUAAAACCAGGUCGGAUAUGCUAGCGUUGCGACUGCCUAGCACAGUGCCGCCCCUUACCGUCUCUAGACGCUUCCAACGUAAAAAGUAGCUCUUGUAACUUAAUAUAGGACACCCUGUAUUGGUUGCAACAGCUGCAUCGAUUAAACAAUUUCGGGUGGUGUCGAGUUCAAGGCCGAUUAACGCACCUAUAAAAACUACAUGCUACAAUCAAGUGUGUGCGUGUGUAUUUUUACAUUUAUUUUAUUUAGAUUUUAAUUAAAGAUCCGUGAGUAACAUUCAACACAUUGUGUGCACUCUUUGUUAAUCGGAAAUAAAAAAAUAAUACA